AUUCCGCGAAGUACUUUCUUUUAGAAAUGACCAGCAAACAGCGUCGCAGAGUUGAUACAUUUGUGAGGGAAGAAGGGGAUGACAGCAAGCCAAGUUUACACACAUUCUAGAUAAUUUUUAGAAUAGACAUGGGAUGUUUCUUCGAUUAUUUGUGUGUGUAUAUACUAGCGAUAUAAGUUUGAUACGAUCGCCUGGAACUGAUACGAAGCACUAUUGUCAAUCUAGCAGUCACAUUAGAACAGAAACGUGUAGGUGUGAAGCACGUUUUCUUGAGUCAUCUGUAUCGAGAUGCGUAUGAUGAGAAAGUACACUCAUUAGUUUGCGAAUUGUUGUUUUGAAGUAUUUGUGGUACUGUAGGUUACUACUUCGUUACAAGGAUAUUUGCGUAAUUAUGACGGACUUUGAUAUUGCAGCAACGCCAUUGGUGCCGGGCUCGAGGAGUGACUGCUCAGACAAACUAGCCGGCGAGGAGGGAUCUGAAGAAAAUCAAGAGAGUCGGACUCUGUUAAUGGUGGCAAUGAUUCUGCUGGACCUAAAUCAGUGUAUUCCGAGCGCUCUUGGCAGCGGCAUCAGCACCAAAUGUAUGGUGGACAGUGAUGCGGAGAAUCAAGUCGGUGUGAGGGACAACCGUGAGAAAUGUGGGUUUACAGAGCGCUGCAGAAAGGCCACGAGCAGGGUGAAAAGGACACGGAACAGACUGCAUGUGGCAGUGGAGAAAAGACACUGUUGUCCGUAUGCUGGCUGUGGUAAAAUAUAUGGCAAAUCGUCUCAUCUUAAGGCGCACUUCAGAGUACACACCGGUGAGCGACCCUUUCAGUGCACCUGGCCUGGCUGCGCGAAGAAAUUCUCGCGCUCGGACGAACUGACGCGACACUUCCGCACGCACACAGGGGAGAAGCGUUUCAUGUGCCCGCUCUGCGACAAAUGCUUCAUGCGAAGCGAUCAUCUCACCAAGCAUGCCCGUAGACACGUCGGUUUCCACCCCAAUAUGCUCCAGGGUCCCACCGGACGAAGACGACGCUCUUCUGCGUCCAUAUCAUCCUCUGAUCAUGUGUCUGCUGGUGUCUGAGCAACCGCAUGGCCCACUGUAUCCUCAACGGGACGGACAGAAAUCAUCAUUACCUCUUUAGGCUGAAACAAUGUAAUGAACAUUAGUCCAAGAGUAAGCCUACUUCAUCUAAAUAGCUAUAUUUAUAAAUUAUCAUUCACUUACCACAAAGAUAAGGGAUUCAUUUCAACAGAGAGAGGAUUUAUUACUCUCUCACUUAGUCAAAGAAACAUGAAUGUAUUCUAAAGAUAUAGACCUAUUGCGCUUGGUGAAACAGAUACACAUAUUAAAGAUCAUAUUGAAGUUUCAGAUUUUGCAGUACAGGGUGCGAUAGGUUCCAAAAAAUCUUGCUAUGAAUCGUAAAACAUUGUCUGCGCUUUACUGUUGGGUACUUGAAAUAUUAACUUAAUGAGGUUUUACUCACGCAAACAUGCUUUUGCAUACAUUUUAAACCAUUUUUAAGCAAUAGCAUUGGAUUAUUGACAUACUUUAAAGGAGUAGUUCAUACAAAAAUCAAAAUGAUCUCAUUAUUUUCUUAGCCAAAUCCCAUCCCAGAUGUGUAUAACUUUUUAUGUUUCAGCUCUGUAGGUCCUCACAAUGCAAGUGAAUGGGUGCCAAACAUUUGAAGCUCCAAAAAGCACAUAAAGGCAGCGUAAAAGUAACCUAUAAGACUUCAGUGGUUAAAUCUAUAUCUUCUGAGGUGACGUGAUAGGUGUGGAUGGAAAACAGAUCAAUAUUUAAGUUAUUUUUUUUAAAGAAAAUCUACACUUUCACAUUCUUCUUUUGUUUUUGGUGAUAUGCAUUCUCUGUGCAUAUAACCACCUACUGGGCAGGGAGAAGAAUUUAUAGUAAAAAAGGACUUAAAUAUAUAUCUGUUUCUCACCCACACCUAUCAUAUUGCUUCUGAAGAUAUAGAUUUAACAACUGAAGUCUUAUAGAUUACUUUUAUGCUGCUUUUUGGAGCUUUCCAUUUUUGGUACCCAUUUGCUUGCAUUGUGUGGAUCUAUGCAGAGCUGAGAUUUUCUUCUAAUAAUCUUUGUUUUUGUUAAGCAGAAGAAAGAAAUUCAUACACAUCUGGGAUGGAAUAAGGGUGAGUAAUUAAUAAGAGAAUUAAACAUUUUGGGUGAACCUUUAAUUUCAGUUAUGCAAAUGAUUGUAUAUUAUUCUUCAGUGGAUUCAAGCACUGAAGAUACAGUUUAUUCAGAACACUAUUUUUUAAUUCUUUUGAGACUUUUUUCAUUAUUAUUAUUUUUAAAAGAUUUUUUAUUAUUAUUUGUAUUUUUAUCAGCCUUCAUAAAGGGUGAUGCUACUAGAGCUUCACAUAUAGGCUACAGUUAAACACCGCCAUCUAGAGGUUUGUUAUGGGAGGACAUGCAGUGAGAUCUGUGUUGCCUUUGAUUUCCAGACAGAUGCAUGAUUUAAUUUAUUAUUGCACUACUGGAGACAGAACAUUAUAUAUUUCUCCCACUCACCUUUGUUUUAUUAGUGUUCUGAUAGCAUUUACAUUCAAUCAAUGAACUAGGUCAUUAACAUAUAUUGUUAGUUUAUUUCCAGGUAAUAUUGCUUUCAGAAUGCAUUGGGGUUUUCAAUUUCACAUUCUCUUGAAUUCAGCUGUUCAACUGUUUACUUGAAAUAUUACUGUCAUUUGAAUCUAUAUUCAGUUUAAAUCUGCCAUGUUGAUCAGCCAUUGUGCUUAACCAGCCACGAUAAUACACAUGUGAAUUAUACUUAAUGACACAUCCAUCUGCUGGACCUUUAUUCAGUUUAUUUUAUAGACUAUAUAGACUCUUUUUUAUAUAUUAAUUUUAUGUUAUGGGAACUGAUCAACACAGUUUGUUUUUAUUGUAACAAAUUAUCUGUAUUGAUUUCUUCUCAAUUGUUCUCACGGUGAGCUUUUAUUCAGGAAGCAGGUCAUUUCAAAUACACUGUCAUUGUAAAAA